CUGAAAUCAACAUUCACUCUCUCUUGGCAGGAAAUUGUUCCUGCUGACUGUCUAUCCUUGUUGAAUCUGCUUAAGAGACGGUUUUCCUUUUUUCCAAUACGUACUAUUGUUGAAGGAUCUUGGGUUUCGGCAUUUAAAGGAGCAAUCGUCUGUCUAUUUCUCUCAGUAUAAGGGACUCUGUUUGGAAACCAGUAUCAGCUUGAACCAAUCAUAUUUCCUCCCAAUUUUGUAAUUUUUAUUACAACGAUCAUGAUCUAUGAGAAUGAUUUUUCAACUGAAACUAAUGAAACUGCUGAGGAUUAUUCCUUAGGUGUCAGCAUCUUGUUACUAGAUUGCGAUUCUGUGUGUUCGACGAUUCUCUCAAAAAUGCUUCGUGCCUCUGGAUAUUCAGUUAUAUAUACCACCAAGCAAAGCCAAGUUACAACUGCUAAGUUGGCCAAGGAGGCACUCUACAUCCUACAGGACAGACAAGGUGAAAUUGAUCUGGUCCUUACAGAGUUGUACUUGCCUGACAUAGGCAAAUAUGAGCUUCUGGAGACGAUAAGGGAAAUAUCUUCAUUGCCAGUUGUGGUAUUGUCCUCUGACAGCAGUGAGAAUGUGAUGCUAGGCUGCCUAUUCAAAGGGGCAGCAUUUUACAUUCCCAAACCUAUCAUUAUGCAAGACAUCAAAAACCUGUGGCAGUUCUCUUUUAUGACGAGACAAAACUCCCUGAAGAAGCUUGGAAGAAGAACGAGUAAGUGUCGGGAGAUGCCUCUCUAUGAGAAUAAUACCAGAGAGUGCAAGAGAAAAGAGGCGGAAUGGACUGAAAGCAGCAAUGAUUGUAAAGAUUAUUGUAUGCCACAGCCAAAGAGGUCUAAGAUGAUCUGGACCCCAGAGCUACAUGCCAAGUUCCUGCGUGCCGUCAAUCUACUAGGAGUUGAUCAUGCCAGACCAAAGAAGAUACUUGAGUACAUGAAAGUGCCAGAGCUGAGCAAAGCCAAUAUCUCAAGCCAUUUACAGAAGCACCGUCUCUCUUUAAUGAGACUGCGUGAGGAGCUCGAAAUGGCAGUGCUUCGUGGUAACAACGCUGCUUCGCCACAUUUCCGCCUACUGGAGGGAAGUUUGACUUCUUCCCCGGUGUCCUUGACAAGGAUAGCAGCAGCAGCAGCAGCAUCAACAUGCAAAACACCAACAUUUCACAACAAUAGAAGAAGUACGCCCAUCUUGGGAUGUUCCUUCGGCUCUCACCAUCUUACUGCUCAAGUGGAUCCGUCAAGUCAGAUAAUAUCCCCUCGACCUGGGUUGAACAGCGUUUCUCUGGGCUCAACAAUGCCCGAGAACUCAUUGCAGCUUCGGCAGCAAUAUCUGCUGCCACAGCAGCAGGCUCAACAACCUGCGGAAGACUCUGAACUGGAGCAAAUAUUGUUAGCGUCAGUUGAAGACUUCCUUCUAGAUGAUCAGCCUGUAAAUUGACCGUGAAACAGGGGCUAUAUACUAGUCAGAACUCUAAGAACUAUAUUGCUGGUAUGGCAUUGUUAGUAUUGUGGUUAUCUAUCUGCAACUAAAAUUGAAAUCUUGUGCAAGGCUCUUUUCCAUUUUCUUUUCAAUCUUAUGUUAAAUUAGAGUUGACAAAUGGAUUGCUAGAUCAUAUGGAUUUGUGGAUUGAUCGAUAAAUGCAAAUGACAUUCAAGGCUUGGACCAUUUUGUAAAUUUUGAAAAGUUUAGGUACCAAAAUGUCAUAAUAAAAAUAAUUAGGUACCAAAAUGUUAUUUUCAAAAGGCAUUUUUUGUUUAAAAAUAAAUUCUAGGUAUCAAA